AUUGCAAGCUCGUACGCUGCAGCACUCGGACCUCCGCCGUAGGUUCCGCAGCUACGCAACGCAGAACGAACGCGCGGUAUCACGUCGACCACGCAUUGGCGCAGUCGCCCUUAGUUAGUUAGUCGGCGACCACGAGGAGAACCCGCCUGUCCGGUGUCUGUCUUCUCCGCGCGCCUUGGUCUCCGAAGGGCCGUUCCCUCGUAACGCGAUACACAGAGAGUCGCCUUCGUAUCUCCGGACCCAGACACGGCACGAUGUCGCGGAUACACGACGAUGGCCGCCGACGUCCGUUCGUCCAGCUGCUUCUGCUGAUGAUCUGCGCGUUGUCGAUCGUCGACACGAUCGACGCCGCCGCCGCCGCCGCCGCCGCCGCCGCCAACGUCAAGGACGCGUGGACGGGAUUCUCGACGUCGUGCGCGACCGAGGACGCGAAGAACAUGUCCAUGUCCUGCCAUGGCGUGCGAAUCGUCCGCCAGAUCGUGAAGCAGAUGUUGGAGACCACCAGCAAGGAACGGGAUAUCGAGCUGUUCGACGGCGUCAGCCUCGUCGAGGUGCCCGGCAGCGGCUCGCCGCGCAAGGCCAGGGUGUUCAAGGGCUUCGGUGGCCUCGGACCGUUCCUGCAAUUCCUGGAGGGUAGAGAGCUGCGGGUCAAGCUGCCGUCCCUGCUGCCGCCGAACGUUGAAACUGCGCUGCAAGAGAGUUUGCCCUCCGAGUCCGAAGCGAGGAAAGAUGGCGGUUUGGGCGGCGGCGGCGGUUUCGGAGGCGGCAAAGGUGGCGGAGGCAAGAAAGGAGGCGGCGGCGGUAUUUUGAUAAUGGCUCUCAUGAUGGGCAAAAUGAUGGCCGCGAUGGGCUUCGGCGCGCUUGGUCUCCUGGCCAUGAAGGCGCUGAUGGUGUCGGCCAUGGCCUUGAUGCUCUCACUGAUCGUGGCUGUGAAGAAAUUGGCGGGCGGCGGCGACGACCACGGCGGCGGUCAUCAUGUCGUGUACGCGCAAGAUGUCGGCCAUCAUCACCGCAAGAAGAGAUCGUUCGCGGACUACGACGAGGACCGCACGCAGCUGCCCUACCGAGGAUACGCCAAUCUCUACGGCAACCUACAGGCGUCCUGAUGUCCUGGUCAAUCGCCAGCAUCCUCCGCGCAAUUCGAUCGAGAUCCCACGGCCUUCUCUCCACUCCCCUAUCGCGAUGACCGGAGCUUCUCUCCGCGAUGGAACCGAGACGGGCCACGUUGACGGCGGCGCGUUCGCACUAUUUACAUUCUCCAUUGCAUCGUCAUUGUAUCCUCAUCAUCCUCUCAUUCAUUUAACGCAACUCCACCAACGUGGUGUUCACAUCCUCUCGGCUGUAGAGCGCGAAACUGCACGGUUGCCGCGGCAGGGGGUUAACGGACUUCUGGGAAACGACUGACGAUGACGUCGACGACGACGGCGAUGACGGCGACGGCGACGUAGACAACGGCGACAACGACGACGCGACGGUGACGAAGACGCGACGCGAGAUCAGUGACAGUGACACGCCGAGACGAGACGACAGUGACCAAGAAACUAAUUAACAGCCACGGUAGAAAGUGACGCUCGAACAAACGUUUGCUCGCGAAAAACGCGCUCAUCCAACCCUCUUCGGGCCGUUGCUACGGAACAGGACUCUCUCAGUGAAAGAUCAAGGAUACCGAACUGAAGAAACCAAAGUACACAUUGUUCGAUUAAUUGUUUUUUGUACGUAUAUAUUUAUUUUUUUACAUAUGUAUUUAUUGUUGUGCAUCGCAUGUUAAUAAAGCAUACGUGCUUGGAAGCAUA